UGGCCUAUCCUCUGCCUGCAUCUUUCUUUCUAUUCAUUAUAAACCCACGGACCAAAAACUUUCCCUGUUCCCUGUUUGCUGUUUGCUGUUUGCUGUUCAAACCUCAUUCCCAUUCCCUCCUACGUACGUUUAAAAAGCUUGAUUAAGAUCGAUCGAGAUGAGAGUGGCAGUGGUGGGUGGCGGCAUCAGCGGCCUCGUCUCGGCUUACGUAUUGUCCAAAGGGGUGGAGGUGGUGUUGUAUGAGAAGGAGGAGUACCUGGGCGGUCAUGCCAAGACUGUCACCAUGAACGGUGUUGAUUUGGACCUCGGAUUCAUGGUCUUCAAUCGAGUUACAUAUCCCAACAUGAUGGAGUUCUUUGAGAUGUUGGGAGUUGAUAUUGAGAUUUCUGAUAUGUCCUUCUCCGUGAGCUUAGAUGAUGGCAAUGGGUGUGAGUGGGGCAGUCGAAAUGGUUUAUCAAGUUUGUUUGCACAAAAAAGGAAUAUACUAAAUCCUUACUUUUGGCAGAUGAUUCGAGAAAUCACCAAGUUUAAAGAUGAUGUUUUGAGGUACCUUGAAGAGGCUGAGCAAAACCAAGACAUGAGUUACAAUCAAACAUUGGGAGAGUUCAUCAAGUCACAUGGUUACUCUGACUUGUUUCAGAAGGCUUAUAUUGUUCCAAUAUGCUCCUCCAUCUGGUCCUGCCCUGCACAAGGAGUUAUGAGCUUCUCUGCUUUCUCUGUGCUUUCUUUUUGCCGCAAUCACCAUCUACUUCAGCUUCUUGGUCGCCCCCAGUGGUUUACUGUCAAAUGUCGUUCACAGACUUACGUUAAAAAGGUGAAAGAAGCACUGGAGAAUAGAGGCUGCCAGAUAAGAACAGGCUGCGUCGUUCAAUCUGUCUCAAAACUCGAUGAUGAUUGUGUAAUAAUCUGCAAAGAUGGAUCUGAAGAAAGGUAUUCUGGAUGCAUAAUAGCAACACAUGCCCCAGAUACUCUGAAGAUGUUAGGAGAAGAAGCUACACACGACGAAAGAAGAAUACUUGGCUCUUUUAAUUACGUUUAUAGUGAUAUUUUUCUACACCGUGACAAAAGUUUAAUGCCCCAGAACCCAUCCGCUUGGAGUUCAUGGAACUUUCUUGGAACCGUGGAUAAUAGACCUUGCUUAACAUAUUGGUUAAAUGUGCUUCAGAAUAUUGAUGAUCAUAAGGGGCUACCUUUUUUGGUUACAUUGAAUCCACCCGGAACACCAGAAAAAAUGUUGCUCAAGUGGACAACUGGUCAUCCAGUCCCAUCAGUCGCUGCAACGAAGGCUUCAUUUGAGCUUCACCACAUUCAAGGGAAAAGAGGAAUCUGGUUUUGUGGAGCAUACCAAGGUUACGGGUUCCAUGAGGAUGGAUUAAAGGCUGGUAUGCUUGCUGCAAGUGACAUUCUUAAUAUAAGUUGCCAACUUCUGAAUAAUCCUACACAUAUGGUACCCUCUUUGAUGGAAACUGGUGCACGCUUGUUUGUUGUUAGGUUCCUUCAAGAUUAUAUUGUUAUUGGCAGUUUGAUUUUACUGGAAGAAGGAGGUACAAUGUUCACCUUCGAGGGAACCAGAAAGAAGAGCCCUUUGAAAGUUUAUUUGAAAGUUCACAAUCCCCAAUUUUAUUGGAAGAUUGUUACACAAGCUGAUUUAGGUCUCGCUGAUGCCUACAUCAAUGGAGACUUCUCCUUUAUUGAUAAAAAGGAAGGCCUUUUAAAUAUGUUUAUGAUUUUCAUUUUUAACAGAGAUGUACAAACUUGUGCCUCCACAUCCACCAAAAGAGGCUGGUGGACACCCAUGUUUUUAACAGCUGCAGUGGCAUCCGCCAAGUAUUUCUGUCAUCAUCUUUCGAGGCAAAAUUCUCUUACUCAAGCACGUAGGAACAUAUCUCGCCACUAUGAUCUGAGUAAUGAACUCUUUGCCCUCUUCUUGGACGACACCAUGACAUACUCGUGCGCAAUAUUCAAGAGUGAAAAUGAAGACUUGAAAUCAGCACAAAUGAGAAAAAUCACUUCAUUGAUUGAGAAGGCAAGAGUCGAUAAAAACCAUGAGGUUCUUGAGAUAGGAUGUGGUUGGGGAACGUUAGCUAUUGAAAUAGUGAAACGAACCGGAUGCAAAUACACUGGCAUCACCUUAUCUGAAGAGCAACUCAAAUAUGCAAAAACUAAGGUGAAGGAAGCUGGCCUACAGGACCAUAUCAGAUUUCUUCUAUGCGACUAUAGGCAAUUGCCUCAUACUUACAAAUAUGAUAGAAUAAUAUCCUGUGAAAUGUUAGAAGCUGUUGGGCAUGAGUACAUGGAAGAGUUUUUUAGGUGUUGUGAAUCAGUAUUGGCGGAUGAUGGGCUUUUCGUGUUGCAGUUCAUAUCAAUCCCAGAUGGGAGGUAUGAUGAAUACAGGAGAAGCUCAGACUUUAUAAAAGAAUACAUAUUUCCUGGAGGGUGCUUGCCUUCACUUAGCAGAGUAACUUCAGCCAUGGCUGCAUCAUCCAGGCUCUGUGUGGAACAAGUAGAAAACAUAGGGAUACAUUAUUACCAAACAUUGAGAUGUUGGAGGACAAACUUCAUGGAAAAGCAAAGCAAUAUCCUUGCUUUGGGGUUCAACCAAAAAUUCAUUCGUACAUGGGAGUACUAUUUUGAUUAUUGUGCUGCUGGUUUUAAGACCCACACCCUUGGAGAUUAUCAGGUUGUGUUCUCAAGACCUGGAAACAUUGCUGCACUAGGAACAGAACCUAUCACCCUCACCUCCGUUUUCUCUUUAAAUUAAAUGCAUCAACAUUUACUUGUAUGUUGUCCUACUCAUUGACUUCAACAUAUAUCCAAAUAAACAAAACAAACACACAACAUUUUUAUCAUGCUUGUUAUGUUGAACAAACACAGGCUAUUUCUGUU